AUGGCCCCCGGGGCCCCUGCGGGGCCUGCGCCUCCGCCGCCAGCCUGGGUCGGGCCGGGAAGGAUGCUAGCGAUGGGGGCGCUGGCAGCCGUCUGGGUCCUCAGCCUCCUCACCUACGGUUACCUGUCCUGGGGCCAGGGCUUGGAGGAAGAGGAGGAAGGGCCCUUGCGAGCUCAGUCUGGAGAGAUCCCGGAGCCCAGCACAACUGCCACCUCCCAGCCCCAUCUCAUUUUCAUCCUAGCGGAUGAUCAGGGAUUUAGAGAUGUGGGUUACCACGGCUCUGAGAUAAAGACGCCCACCCUGGACAAGCUCGCGGCCGAAGGAGUUAAACUGGAGAACUACUAUGUCCAGCCUAUUUGCACACCGUCCAGGAGUCAGUUUAUUACUGGAAAGUAUCAGAUACACACCGGACUUCAACAUUCUAUCAUAAGACCUACCCAACCCAACUGCUUACCUCUGGACAAUGCAACCCUACCUCAGAAGCUAAAGGAGGUUGGAUAUUCAACACAUAUGGUUGGAAAAUGGCACUUGGGUUUUUAUAGAAAAGAAUGUAUGCCCACCAAGAGAGGAUUUGAUACAUUUUUUGGUUCCCUCUUGGGAAGUGGUGAUUACUAUACACACUACAAAUGUGACAGUCCUGGGAUGUGUGGCUACGACUUGUAUGAAAAUGACAAUGCUGCCUGGGACUAUGACAAUGGCAUAUACUCCACACAGAUGUACACUCAGAGAGUUCAGCAGAUCUUAGCUUCCCAUGACCCCAGAAAGCCUAUAUUUUUAUAUAUUGCCUACCAAGCUGUUCACUCACCGCUGCAAGCCCCUGGCAGGUAUUUUGAACACUACAGAUCCAUUAUCAACAUAAAUAGGCGGAGGUAUGCAGCCAUGCUUUCCUGCUUAGAUGAAGCAAUCAACAAUGUGACUCUGGCUCUGAAGACAUAUGGUUUCUAUAACAAUAGCAUCAUCAUAUACUCUUCAGAUAAUGGCGGCCAGCCCACAGCAGGAGGAAGUAACUGGCCUCUCAGAGGUAGCAAAGGAACGUACUGGGAAGGAGGCAUUCGGGCUGUUGGCUUUGUGCAUAGUCCACUUCUGAAAAACAAGGGCACAGUGUGUAAGGAGCUGGUGCACAUCACUGACUGGUACCCCACUCUGAUUUCACUGGCUGAAGGACAAAUUGAUGAGGACAUCCAACUGGAUGGCUAUGAUGUCUGGGAAACCAUAAGUGAGGGCCUUCGUUCACCCCGGGUGGAUAUUUUGCACAACAUUGACCCCAUUUAUACCAAGGCGAAAAAUGGCUCCUGGGCAGCCGGCUAUGGGAUCUGGAACACGGCCAUCCAGUCAGCCAUCAGGGUGCAGCACUGGAAACUGCUUACAGGAAACCCUGGCUACAGUGACUGGGUCCCCCCUCAGUCUUUCAGCAACCUGGGACCCAACCGGUGGCACAACGAGCGAAUUACCUUGUCGACUGGCAAGAGCGUCUGGCUCUUCAACAUCACAGCUGACCCAUAUGAGAGAGUGGACCUAUCGCACAGGUAUCCUGGCAUCGUGAAGCAGCUCCUGCGGAGGCUCUCCCAGUUCAACAAAACCGCAGUGCCUGUCAGGUACCCCCCCAAAGACCCCAGAAGUAACCCUCGGCUCAAUGGAGGAGUCUGGGGACCAUGGUAUAAGGAGGAAUACAAGAAAAAGAAGCCAAGCAAAAAUAAGGCUGAGAAAAAGCAGAAGAAAAGUAAGACAAAGAAGAAACAGCAGAAAGCAGGUUCAUUUCCAAAUUGCCGUGCAGGUGUUUGCCAUUACCGUGGAUAA